CACUCAGAUGCCUGCAAUCACUAAUCUCUUUUCCAUCCUCUAUACUUCUGUCAUUUUUAGGUUACAUAAAAAGAGUCAUAUACUAUGCGAUCUUUUGAGACUGGAUCUUUUCUACUCAUCAUAAUGCCCUUGAGGUCCUUCCAAGUUGUCAUGAAUAUCAAGUGGAUCCCCAUUACUGCUGUGUAAUAGUCCACAGUUACUCUGGACAUGCCACAGUUUCUUUAACCUGUAACCAAUUGAAUGCCAUUUUGUUUGUUUAGAGCCUUUGGAUAUUACUAAUGAAGCUGUUAUGGAAAAUGAUGCACAAGUUACUGAAUGGACAUAAAUUUUGUGCAGACAUAUUGCUGAGGAGUGCAUAGGCUGAGUGGUAUGCUAAGUGUGUUUAGUUCUUAAAGAAACUGCCAAACUAUCCCCCAGAAGAACGAUACCAUUUUACAUUCCCGUCAGCAAUGUAUGAGAGAAUCAGCUACUGUCCAUCCUAGCCAGCAUUUGAUUUGUCACAGUUUUUUAUUUAACCAUUCUUAUAGGUAUGUCAAGAUACCUCAUUGUGUUCUUAAUUUGCAUUUCUCUAAUGCCUAAUGUGGAUGGACAUCUUUUCAUGUGCUUAUUGACCAUCCAUUUAGCCUCUUUGGUGAUAUGUCUGUUCAUAUCCUUCACCCAUUUUCUAAAUUGCUUGAUAAUGUUUACACUGAGAGUUCUUUAUAUACUCUACAUGAGUCCUAUGUCAGUUAUGUGGCUUGAAAAUAUAUUUUCCCAGUUUGUAGCAUGCCAUUUCAUCUUUCUAAUUAGAACUUUAACAGAACAAAAGUUUUGAUGAGUUCCAGUUCUCUUCUUUUGUGAAUGUUCUUUUGGUCAUCAUGUCUGAGAACCCUUCCCUAAGCCCUUUUUACUGACGGUUUAUUCUGUAUUAACCUCUAAAAGCUUUAUGGUUUUACAUUUUACAUUUGAUAAAUGAUUCAUUCUGAGUUUUUUUAAGGUGUAAAGUACAAGUUGACAUCCACCUUGUGUUUAUAAAUAUCCAACAAGUCUGGCACCAUUUUCUGGAAAGACAAUCCUUCCUCCUUUGAAGCUUUUGCAUAAUUAUUAAAAAUCAGUUCACUUUAUUUGUGUGGAUCCAUUUCUAGUUUUUCUCUUCUAUUCUAUCUUCGUGCCUAACCCUCUGCAAAUUUUACAGUCUUGAUCACAACUGUAUAAUAAAUCUUGAUAUCAGGUGAAAUGAUUCACCCCACUUUAUUCUUCUCAGAAUUUGUUAGCUAUUCUAACUCAUCUGCCAUUCCAUACAAAUUUUAAAAUAAUAUUUUCCAUAUCAAAAAGGAUCUCAAGGGAAUCUCUGUAGGAAUUUUAUUAAACCCACAGAUCGACUUUAAGAGCAUUACCAUCAUAUUAUACUGGCUCCUCUUAUCCAUGAACAUGGUAUGUCUAUUCAUUUAGAUUUUCUUUCAUUAAUUUCAUCAGUGUUUUAUAAUUUUCAGCAUCCAGGUGUUGUAAAGAUUUUGCUAGAUUUACAGUGAAGAGCUUCAUUUUGGAAAACUAUAUAUGAUAUUGUAUUUUAAUUUCAGUUCUCACACAUCCAUAUCAGGUAUAGAAAUACGAUUAAUUCUCUUGUGUCCUAAAACUCUACUGAACUCACUUCUUACUUCUAGAAGAUUUGGUAGAUGCCCUGGGAUCUUCUACCUAGACUGUUAUAUCACCUGCAAGACAUACAGAAUUAUUUCUUCUUCUGAUCUGUAUGACAUAUUAUUCUGAUCUGUAUGGAACUGGUGUUACACAGAAGGACCGAGACCUAUGACAGGAGGACUGGGCUAACUUCAGUGGUCAAAACAAUUGCUGAGGAGGGCCAUUCAAACUGAGGCCAGAGGAAUGAGUACAAGUUAGCAGUGGAAACACUAAUACAUAUAGAAAGGAACCAGAGAGUUACAGGGCAGAGGGAGGAACACACUGGAAGGGCCAGGAGUGGAGGAAAGCAAAGAACAAGAGAAGACCAUUAUAGCUAGCGCAUUGUUAGCAAAGAAAGAGAACAGGAAUAAGGAAGGAAAAAGAACUAUUAAAUUCUGUGGAUGAUUCAAGAUUAUCAGGUAAAAUAAUGUUUAUUUAAAUAUACUGUGGUAUUUUAAUUAAAAUAAGGAAUAGAAAAGAAAGGAGGAAUACAGAAGAAUGCUUUACAUAUUCUUUAAUUGACAUAUUGAUGAAAUGCCAAUCUGUUUGCACCUGAGAACACAGCAUCUGGUCCAUGGCAAUUUCUCCAAACUGUAGAUGAAGUUCUCUAAGUUAAGUGGCAAAGUUCAGCCAUCUGCAUGUUUGCCUUUAAAAGCCAAGUCAAUAACAUCGUAGAAAAUCUCUGACUCCAUUCUGAAACCAAAUAUGACAUCAUUUCCAAUGUCAGAAGCAGUUAAAGGAUCACAAUGGCCUUAGCUCUCUCUACCUUUCCUUUUUUGCAUAUUUUCAACUGCUAUUUAAUCUUUCUAGCCAUGGAACAGAACAAUGGCACUGAGCUGACUGAAUUCAUUCUCCUGGGAUUUGCUGGUCAACACAAGUCCUGGCAUAUCCUCUUCCCAGUAUUUCUGUUGAUCUAUGUGGCCAGCCUCAUGGGUAAUAUCGGGAUGAUCCUACUCAUCAAGAUCGAUUCUUGCCUUCACACCCCCAUGUACUUUUUCCUCCAACACUUGGCAUUUGUUGAUCUCUGCUACACCUCUGCUAUCACUCCCAAGAUGUUGCAAAACUUUGUAGGGACAGAACAAUCCAUCUCAUUCAUAGGAUGUAUGAUGCAGUUACUAGUCUACGGGGCUUUUGCCACAGUUGACUGCUACAUUCUGGCUGCCAUGGCAGCGGACCGUUAUGUGGCCAUCUGUAACCCCCUCCGCUACCCAACAGUCAUGUCCCAGAGAGUCUGCAUGCAACUCUUACUUGGUUCAUACCUGGUAGGCUUCCUAAAUGGCUCUGUUAACACAGGUUUUACUUUCUCACUGAACUUUUGCAAAUCCAGUAAAAUUAACCACUUUUUCUGUGAUGAACCCCCAAUUCUUGCCCUAUCCUGCUCCAAUGUUGACCUCAACAUCAUGCUACUAACUGUCUUUGUUGGGUUCAACUUGACCUUGACUGUGCUGGUUGUCAUCUUUUCCUACAUAUAUAUCCUGGCUGCCAUCCUGAAGAUAUCUUCUGCUGCAGGGAGGAAAAAAGCCUUCUCCACAUGCACCUCCCACCUGACUGCCAUCACCAUUUUCUAUGGGACUCUCUCCUACAUGUAUCUGCACCAGGGGACCAUUGGGUCUCAAGAGCAAGCAAAGGUGGCUUCUGUGUUUUAUGGCAUUAUGAUCCCCAUGUUGAACCCUCUCAUCUACAGCCUGAGAAACCAGGAUGUGAAAGAAGCCCUAAAACAGAUAGCAAAGAAGUGCAUCUAGUUUGAACUUCAAUCAUAAAGCAAAGA